GUGAGCACGCCUCAGAUUAGGCAAUGAUGCAAUGUGAUAUCUGAAUCAAGCCAUACUUUGAAAUCAAAUUACACGCAGGCGAAUGCGUGGACAUUAUACAAUCGCAUGAAACCACUUUAUCUCCGUUUGAUAAGCCCAAAACGCUUUGGAUCCAAGGGAAAACCAGGAAUGUUUCUUCCGGUUCUCAAGAGUGCAAAAACAAAACGGAAGCUGAUUUGGUGACGGUAGAUGUGUGCUGGUGUGCCUCCUCUGCUUGUGCCUUAGUGUGACGCUGUGAAACACCUCCGGGGAUUCUGGUCCUCCCCCAAGGAUAGCCUUCUAUUCAACAGAGGCCUCUUGCUCUGGCCUCAUAGCUGAUCUCAGUGUGCACAUCACACUGUCCCGACCGGCCCUACUGCACCUCCAACCUUACCUUUUAGGACUUGCACAGCUGUCUAGCUCCCAUCCCACCCCAGGUUAACCUUCCCCCCAACCAACCCCCAGCCAGCGGCUAGUUGUUUCAGCAAGGGGAGGACCCCGCUUGGUUGAUUGCUCCCUGACAAUAGAGUCAGAACUGACCUGGUGUCCCUCAACGGCUCCCGACUGGUGCUGCUUUCAAGGUGGGCAGGUAGGGGAGGGACAGCCCUUGUCAGGACCCCCCUCCCGGAGAUGAAGCUGCAGGCCGUCAUGGAGAACCUGCACAGGCAGCAGAGAGCCAAGCUGCUGAUGGAGCUGGAGCAGCAGCAGCAGCAGCUACAGCAGCAGGCCAACACCCGUACUGCCACCGGAGGAGUGGAUGAGAUGAUGAAGAGCCCCGCCCCUGAGACAGAGCAGACCCAGAUGGCGGCGCUGGCGGCUAUGCGCGCGGUGGCGGCCGGGCUCCAGAGGGCGUCAGACAGCCCCAUGUCGGAGCGCAGCAGUGGUGGGGAAGAGGAGGAAGAGGAGGAAGAUGAGGAAGAGGAGGAAGGGGAGGAGCGGUACAAGGACAUGAUGGGCUCCGAGGAGGAGGAGCAGAUCAAGCAGAAGUGGGAUGAGGAGGACUUUGAAGGGGAGAUGGAGGAGGACUUUGAUGACGAGCUGGCAGAGGAGGGUCUACCGAUGGGCCGCGACGCUGUCGCUCCCGGAAAGGGAAUUCUCCUGCUUCCGCACCGCCAGCUCCACCCACACUCCCAGCUGCUGAAGGCCAGGCCCUUUGUGGACCAGGAGCCACGAGUGCCCAUCCUCCCACCACACCCGGGACACAGCCAGCUGGCAGCUCAGGACCACGGUGACUGGACCUACGAGGAACAGUUCAGACAGCUGUAUGAACUGGAUGGAGACCCAAAGAGGAAAGAGUUCCUGGAUGACCUCUUCAGCUUCAUGCAGAAGCGAGGCACUCCAGUGAACCGCAUUCCCAUCAUGGCCAAGCAGGUUCUGGAUCUCUACAUGCUCUACCAGCUGGUGACAGAGAAGGGUGGCCUGGUGGAGGUCAUCAACAAGAAGCUGUGGAGAGAAAUCACCAAGGGACUCAACCUGCCUACCUCAAUUACCAGCGCAGCCUUCACGCUCCGCACACAAUACAUGAAGUACCUGUACCCAUACGAAUGUGAUAAGAGAGGUCUGAGCAACCCCAACGAGCUCCAGGCAGCCAUUGACAGCAAUCGGCGAGAGGGGCGGCGGCAGAGUUUUGGCAGUUCCCUCUUCACAUACUCUCCCAACGGCACCCCCACCAUGCUCUCUUCACCCAAGCUUCCCAUGCCCAGUGUGGGCAUGCCCAUGAGCACCAACGGAGCUUCCCUGGGGCCCACCCAGAAGAUCAAGAAAGAAGACGAGGGAGGGCAGUCAUUGCCAGGAGUCGGGAUUGGUCGCUUGCCCGGUGGGUCAAUGGCAGGUCACUCAGUGGCAGCUGUUCAGGCUGCCGCGGCUCAGGCAGCCAUGGUAGCCCAAGUAGCGGCCCUGGAGCAGCUGAGGGACAAGCUGGAGGCAGGCGAGCCACCAGAGAAGAAGAUGGCACUUCCAGCAGAGGAGCAUCAAAGGCUCCUGCAGAGAGCCUUUCAACACAACCUGCUGGCCAUGACCGCUCAGAUGCCAAUGAACAUCCGUAUAAACAACCAAGAUGGCAGACAAGACUCGGCCCUCAACCUCACCACUAAUGGCAUGAGCAGCAUCAGCAUGUCGCUGGAGCUCAACGGAGUGGUUUACACCGGUGUCCUGUUUGCUCAAGCAGCUGGGUCAGCCCCAUCAGGCCCCUCCGGAUCAUCCGGUACAAAUAAGGCCCCCGGUGGUCGCAGUGGAUCCCAACAGCUCCCUCAAGCACCUACCUCAUUGUCAACCUCAAUCAACCCAUCGUCUUAACAAACUGGGAGCCCUUCUCUCUCUUUUUUUUCUGUUCUUUGUAAUUACCACGCUAACUGAAGCCAAAAAACAACCUCAUUUUCUACAUAGUCUAUGCCAAAAAGCAACAACAAAAAUGUAAAAAAAAAAAAAACAAAAAAAAACACAUACACAAACCGAAGCUCAAACCCACUUGAAAUAACACUCAGGUUUUCUCUCACCAACUCCACUCUUUUGUUCUUCACAGCCAAAAAGAAUAAAAAAAAAAAAAAACAACAACAGAGAGCCAGUAUAGGAUAUAAGAGAUAUAUGCACAAACUUUCAAAUAAUUUAUUUCCACAUAAAUGUACAGAUUAAGGAGAACAAAGGAGAGGAUAAUAACCAGGAAGGGUAAUGCACUGUUUACAUCAGAAACCCAGCUACUGACUGACAGCAACUUUUUAAUCUCUUGGUUUCUUUUUAUUGUGUCGUUGUUAAUAUCAUUAUUGUUAUCCUCAUUAUUGUUGUCAUUAUCGUUAAUGUAGUCAUUAAUAAUCCUCUCACUGCAAAAAAAAAAAACACACACACACAUAUGAAUAUCCUCUAUUUUUAAUCAGAAAAGCUUUAAGAGUAUAUGUUAUUUCUUCAGGGCAUAUAACAAAGUACCAUCGUGACCUCAUAUUGAAAUGGACAUUAGCGUUUGCAUGGUGCAAGUGGAAUAAUGAACCAGCUGUUCUGCUGGAUACUCGGUUCACCACAGACGUAGACAAGCUUUCAUGUUCAUCUCUCUGAGCGGAGGCUCUGCUAAGCCUCCCAGUGGGCUGAGUUUUUUUUCUGUUUUUUUUGUGUGAAUAAUUUACUCCUCAGGUGUCUAUCAGCUUGCUAUGAAAUCAUCACCUUUUUAUAAUAUCCUGUAGCCUUCUAUACCACUCAACGGCGUUAUCUACCUACCCCCCUCCCAUAAAAAACAAAUCCAAAAAUUAUUUUAAAAAAAAACAACAUUUCCAUGAAAGAUGAAUUUUUUGCCCAAUUUUUUCUUAACCCUUCAGUUCCCAGCACAACAGUUGCUAACGUGGGGUGCGGGGACCCCCACAGGGCCGUGAGAUGGGUUGAAGGGGGUCUUUGGCAAAAUAAGGAAAAGUUUAAUUUUUACUAUAAUUUAGUUUUCUAAAAAUGUCAGAAAUCGGAGAAUGUAUAAGAAAUGACUGUUUUGGGAAAAUAUGUUUCAUCCCCAUCAUCUUCCCGUGUUCAGUGCAGACUAUGACGUGUAUCUAUCUACUCGGGGGGGUCUAACCAGAAAAUGAAAAAGUGAGUGGGACCCUGCUCCAAUCAAGUGACUGUUUUGACUCAUCUUUGCCUUGUCACAGGGCUCUGCUGCUCUCCCUGCAUAUAAGUAGAUAACCACUUUCAAGGGAUGUGGUCAGCAGCAAGCAACAGUAACAUGUUAUGGGAAAUGAAUGGGAGUAGUGUGUCCAGGGAAACCCAGUUCCCUGGUAGUUGUGGAGCAUCUCUGAUUGACGAGCAAGUGUUUGUGGGGUGGGGGUGGGGACGUUCUAGCUGUACUUUCGCAACAAACUCAUCUCGAUGGGAUUUCCGGGAUGAGCUCUGACAUUUUAUCUGUAAUAACUUAAUGUGAUGCUUUUUGAAACUCUCUGCUGCCUUGGGGAGCACCAAGUGUUGUGUCUGCAUGACAUCGAGCUUCAAGUGCUUCUUGUCCUGUGCUGUGAUGAUGACAAGGUCUGCUUCAGACCAGCACCGAGUCUGUCAGGGCUGUUAGACCGAAUGUGAUCCUCAGGCUGUGUAUUAGAUGCUGCUUUGAACCCAGGCUUGCGAUAUUAUGGGUUCAGAGGUAAAAUCCAUGCCUGCAGUUCAAUACUUGCUUGUGUCUUAGUUAUUGUAUGCACAAUCACUGCAGUUAAGAGUUGUUUUUUUUUAUGAUUUAUUUUAAUCUCCCGUUGUGCAGACACUGUCUCACCCAAUGAAAUUUUGCUGGCUAUCUAUGAAGUAGAGCAAUCAAUCUGCUUUUGAGCUAUAGUUUGUCACUUCUCUGGACUGUUUGCUGUGUAGAAAUUGUUACUCAAACCCCUUACCUAAGCAAAUCUGUCCCUUUUUUAUGCAGGUCUGAAAGUAACUCGGACUUUCCAGCAGGUUCACUCCUGAGGCCUUAUCAAUCACACGAGACGACAGUGCAUUGUGCCUCUGUCGAAGGACUGUUACUGUUUCCCAUAGAAUAUCACUGGAUGGACGUCACCAUAUUCUUUCAGUGCUUAUGAAAGAGUAAAACAUUGAAACAAGCCUUCAGCCAAAUGCUGUGUAGUUUUUAGUGCUGUGUUAAGGUUCUCCACUCUACUAGACCACUUUUGUUGGUAACAACCAUCAUUUUGAGGUCCAACUCAGUAUUAAAAAUCUAGUUGGGAGAUAAAAAAGAUGAAAGUGGCUAAUUUGGGGAUUCUCUGUCCUCUUGUGUCAUGCAGUCAAAGGGUGGUGUUGCGCUCCAGCUCAGUGACUUGCUAUAAUGAAGCAUUUUCUACACCACCAUAACACCCUGUUCUCUAGUAUUUGUUAUUAUUUGCUACUGAAGAAAUAAGUCUUUCUGCAGAGAUGGCAGUGACCGAUGUGAUCAAAUGCAUUGUUUCCACAAAGCUUUUACUCAAAUGACAAGAAGCAAAUACAUGCACAGACCUGCUCUAGCAAUGUGGUUGGAUGCUCGGACUCGUCAAAACUCAGCAAUUUUGCCUUUCAAUAGUGAGAACAUAAUUAGUGUGGAUUUGAUGGCAUUGUGAUGCAUCGUGACCAUGAUUCAGUCUGAUUUUAUAACUGAACAAAAAUCAUCCUCUGAAUAAUUGCUGGGUUUCCAGUAUUAAGAUCUACAGGGCAAAUUAAUGGCUGGUCUACACUGAAGGUGUUGAUAACCAUUCAUGUCCAUCGGGUAGUGCCUUUAGGCCGAGUCUUUGCUGUGCAGAAUUGGCAACUUCCUGCUCUGAUGAAACAACAUAUGCAAAGUGGAUGUCUUGUGUGUUUUUUUACACGACAGUUGCCAUUUGGUCUGUUUGGGGUGGGGGGAUGGGGGAGGUAGAACGCAAUUCAGUCCAAUCAAUCCUUAGUUUAAAAGGUCAGCACUACUCUUUCAGAUUGACCCCUUGACCUUUCUGCCCCCGAAGCAGCAUACAAAAACCCUCCCAUUUCAUUGGAUCCAUGUUUACUGCAUAUCUAUUGACAUGUCUCCUUGAGAUAUUUCCUUUUUAGCAGCACAGGUAUCACCCCCCCCUCCUUUCUCUUUCCCUCUUGCCCUAUCUCUUGCUGCAUGUGCAUUCUGAAGGGCCGGUGGGCAUGUAGUGGUUUAUGAGGUAUGCAGCGGGAUCCUCAGGGAAGGCUGACAUUUCUCACUGCGUGGUAGGGACAAUCAGAGGGUGUUACAAACACAUUUGUAACUCACGGGUCAUGGGGAUUCCCUGAGCAGAAUGAAGCCCCUUUCCCCCUUUUCUACCUCAAGGACUAAAGCUUUUGACAAAUGAAAUGCAGGUGGCCAUUACAAAUCCCUGCAAUGAAGGUGUACAAGGAAAAAGCAUCGUCGUAUAGUUUAUGCUGGUUCAUAACAUGAAUUCACUUUGGGGCUCAUAAAGAGAUUGUGGUAACUGCAGACAAUCUGAUUUCAGCCAAGAUAAGAUUUGAAUGAAUGUUUGAUAAUCAUUUUACC